AUGGCAGGUGGCUUCGCUAGCGACACAGCAGCCUUCUUGGACGCCGACACGCGUGUAGUGCCUCACCGUGCUCUGGAACAUCUCUCCUCUCUUUCCGCCGCGUCUCUCCAGGCUUUGGCGAGCGCUGCAGCCGCUGAAUUGAUUGGAAACUCUUGUUCCGGUAACACAUACACCGAACAACAGAUAUCGGUCGACAACGAGGCCUUGGCAGCCAUGUCUGCCAUCGUCGUGACUCUAGCUAGAGACGGAGGGGUACGAACACCGGUGGAUCAACGGCAACAGCUCUACACUCUUGGUGUGGAAGACGAGGACUUGCAGAUGAAACUCAUACCAGUGUUGGCUUCGGUGGUGCCAAGUGUGGAGCGUGUUCUACAAAAUACCAGCUUUGACUUCGCCCACGUAGUGGAUGUGAACUGGAGACUGGACUACGUACUGCGCUCGAGUAGUGCUGGCAGCGUUCACGAACCACUAUACUUCGUGCAGCUAAACUGCAGUCACCUCUCACCAGUGACUCGGUGGCUAUCCAUUAGAAAGAAAAAAAACUUGUACAAUGGCCUGCACCGCCGCCACUUCGAGAUCGUCGCCAUGUUCGUGUGCGCUCGCACUCAAGGAGGCUCAGAGGACGACGUCCAUGCGUUCUCCGAGUCAUCGAGCUCAUCCUUCUCCAUCUCGCAGUGCGCAUCUCCUGCUCUCCCGCUCUCCGUGGCGCACCAGGACGCCUCCUCUUAUCUCCAGCUUCUGGACACUUUGACGCGGUUGGUGGCACAAUUACUGGAUGUACACACGUUGUCUCCCUCAUUACAGUUCUCAGCGGGCGAAACGGUAGCAGUAGACGCCGCCGAGUGGUGGAAAGCGGUUCAGAGGCAGAGUAUUGCGCUCGUACAGCAACAGGAGGCCGUCACAUCGACCCACAGAUACACAGAGGAGCCCACACCCCGCAGUUUGUGGCGUCUGAGUCCUCGCACACAAGAGAAAUCACCGACUCGAGAGCCCAGAGUCGUUGAUAACAGUCUAUGGACGAGUGAGGCCUUCGAGGACCUUCCGGAACACGUUCCGAGAUCCGAUUUCUUCGUCCAGGCGCUUUAUCUGGUGAUGAAAGCACUGGAGAGGGCCACUAGGAGACAUCAGGGACGAAUAGAGGAGAAUACAAUACUUGGGGAGACACUAGUGGACGCUCUGGCCAGUGUGGACACAGCGCUGGCCUUUGCAGGCGCCGAAUUGCUGCAACUUUGGGCCCCGGUAAGCCACAAAACCGUCGUGGAUUCCGCUGGUAAACUGUCCAAACUCAUGGGUGUGGCACUAGUGAAUACACUGCUGCAGCCAUGCAAUAUCGGGACCAAACAUACGUUCCAUGAGCACAAAUAUACAAUACUUGGGGAGACACUAGUGGACGCUCUGGCCAGUGUGGACACAGCGCUGGCCUUUGCAGGCGCCGAAUUGCUGCAACUUUGGGCCCCGGUAAGCCACAAAACCGUCGUGGAUUCCGCUGGUAAACUGUCCAAACUCAUGGGUGUGGCACUAGUGAAUACACUGCUGCAGCCAUGCAAUAUCGGGACCAAACAUACGUUCCAUGAGCACAAAUUGAUGCUAUCAAUGCCGCUUCGUGCUUUUCUAGGCGCGAAACAGUGGAAAUGCUCCGUUUGUGAGCGAGUUUCGCAGACUACAGGCAGCGACGCGCCCUGUGUGUAUCGCUGUGCAGCUUGCAACUUCAAUUUGUGCCGGGAAUGCUUUACAAGGAUCCCAAACGUGACAAAGUCGCCAGUUACCAGUUCAAUCGAAGAUCUGACCAAGCCAACGUCCGACCGGUUCUUCGCUUUGGUUUUACCACAUUUAAAACACAAGACAGGGGCUGUGGUAGUCCGGCAAAUUACACAGGAACUGCGAAGACGAGUAUUGGAGCUGUACCCUCAUAAUUUCCAGGGAGCUACAGAUUUUGCGCAGCUUCUUCACAGAUUAUUAGCGUCGGAUAAUAGCGCAGCGAUCGCGCUGGUGACGUCUCCAUCAGCAGCUGUCGUUACGUCGGGAAGACCAGCAUCUUCCUGGUUCCCGUUGUUUAUGCGCACGUGGACGAUGUCACUGAGCACUCUAUUAGGGCCAUUUCUGCGCGCGUCGACCAUGCUGGAUGAUACUCACGAACUCGAUGCUGCUGUGCGUGCUGCGAACCAUGGCUCAGCAGUGGCAGAUUGUCUACGUGCACACUGGACUAGUGGCUAUGCAGAAUAUCGUGAAACCUUGCAGAAUAUUAUGCCGACAUUACUGGAUGACGAUCAGCACUCGCUAGUGGUGGAUGCGACGCUUUGUUGGCUUGCGCUCGCGUUAAUGACUGCAGAUCCGCGAAGACGGUUGAACUAUGACGCUCAUGAACGGCUGGAUGGGUUUCUAGUGAACGUAACGACUAUGCUGCUGGCACAUACACUCCCUGUACUGGACAAAGCUCAACAUGAUCCAAGUCACAUAGAUGCCAGCUACCACCAAAGUAUAGAACCUGUACGUGUGUAUGCCAGCAAGGACUUUCCAGAGGUGCCACUACACUACUCUCGUAGCCAAGAUACGUGUAAAGAGAACGCUGCUGGUGAUGAAGUGUCUGAAAUGAAGACUCGCGACGAGAAUGCAAUCGCUGAGUACGACAAGCGGAGGAAACAGGAGCGACUUGAUGAGGAAGUACUGCCUUGUACGUACUACCCUCGUCUCUCGUGUCAUGAAGGCGUGGUGUGUGAUCAGUGCGAGUUCCCGAACCUCCAUGGAGUUCGGUAUAAGUGUGCGUUCUGUGGAGAUAUGGAUCUAUGCGGCGACUGCUUCGAGAUCUUUCGUUCCCAUCAAGCAGCUCCGGAUUGUGCAUCCGAAUCGGAAUCCGAAUCCAUGCUCCACAGUCCGGAUCACGUGUUUCUUCGCAUUGAAUCGCCCAUCCCUGUGUUUGCUUUAAAACAUUUCCAGCCUCUACCUGUGGAGUGUCUAACUACCAAGCACAAAUGCGAGUCAAGCUCUGUACUGGAAGGAUUUGAUGUGUCAAGGAUACACUGUGCUGAUUGCGGGGACACGUUAGGGACUAGUGGUCAGCCAGACGAGGUGUUUUACAAGUGCGCCAACUGCUUCACGACUCGAGUCGUGUGUGCUGCGUGUCUAGCACACGAAGAGAAGCUGAGCAACGGCAAUCCGAACGACAUGCACGCGCCCGGACACGUGUACUUCGUCAUUACCGAUCCAUGGAGACGUCAUUUGACCAUUCCUUGGGACGAUGUACUCGGAAAGUUACAUUUUCGACGAUUGUUACACCCACCGGCACUAAUCCCUCGUCGUCGCUUUCCUCGUGACACUGAGCUCUUCUACAUAACACUCAAGUACCUUCACUUUGGGCCUCUAGCUACAUUAUCCAGAUGGAUCAGUAUGACGAAGGAGCUCCAGGAACUUCAAGCGUUUUGUGCCUGUGACGAGGAGCGGUUUGAGGUCGAGAGCCAACGGCAGAGAAGGAAUGGCUCUCAGCGUCAAACACUCAAGCCUUCGGUGCACUACAAGGCCAGCAAGUCUCGCCUCGAGGAUAUCCGUGUCAAGUGUGUCAAAGUAGAGUUGCACUUGUUAGCACGCGCCAAUGUGGCAGAAUGGCUCGUAUUUUAUGCACGGACAUGUCGAUGGCUUCUACUUACAGCGUCUGCGGCCCCAGAGAACGGGAAUAUGCAGCAAGAUCCCUACGCUGAGCCGCUCUCCCACUUCUCCGCUAUGUUCAGCGGGUUUCCCGAACAUUUCUUUUUCGAUCUAUGCGACGUCGUGUACCUGUUGGGUCUCGAACGACUGGAGUAUCGUGACCUCGUGAGCGAGUUAAACAAGUCGAAGCAUGACGCAGUAGACGAAGUUACAGAAGUUGUGGAGCCUCUAUUAGUGAUGCUGACUCAACUAGUGGUCGCUCCGAAGUUCACGAAGAACCCGCAUCUUCGAGUCGAGGCCUUGCGGUCUCUAACGACCCUAUUGACAUUUGUAUCCAAGGGUCAUCAUGUGCAGUAUCGUCCAGGAUAUCAACGCAUGGAGGCCUUAUUCAAGCGUCAUACACUACUAUCGCAGUGGCUGGUACCUGGGCUUAUACAGUUCCAUUCCGAUAUGGAUCGCUACAAUGCCAGUAACAACGGUCUGGCCUUCACAAGUGCCGUAUCUAGUGGAGAUCACAUGCUAUGGGGUUUCCUACCCACUCGACUAUCGGUAACGAUGUUGUUGCGCUACCUCUGGCAGCUACCGAGCUCACGCCAGAGUCUCCUGCACAUGUUGAAUACGUCCGAGACUGUGCAGUCAUCAUCUGAACCAAGUACCGACAGUACUCAGCAGCUUACAGGGCUUGUAAGUGGAUUAUGGAGUGAUAUCGCCAAGCUGUUUGACGAGGCCAACAACAAGAUCACGACGUUGCGCCAGAUUCACGAUCUCAUUGAAGAUUCGCUGGACGGGAGUGUUGUAGUGCUGCCUUUUAGGCGCGAUAUGCUGGAUGGAUACGUCGCUAUCAACGCAAAACAAUUGCGCCUGACCAUGCGUCUGCUCCUAGAGACGCUGGAGUUGACGUCGUGGUUCGCUUCGAUCGUCAGUGGAGAGCGGAGUUUCCGUUCGCGAUCACUAUCGACUCCUGCUGCAGCACUACGUCACGUAUUGUUACAGCCUCUCGUCGUGGAACAAGCAGCUCGUACGCUCAGCUUUCUCGUGGCUUCAUUGGCGAAUGCUCAUGAAGAAGACCAGUGGAAGUUCUCGUUGCCACUGGUGGAUGACGGGAAGUUGUUGCUGGCUCACUUGAUUGUUCUUGUGGUACGUUAUGCCGGUCAUAGUGCAGUGAAGUCGGGGACUUCUACGACUGUUUGUUCGCCUUCGUCGUUCUGGAAGAUCAUACGAUCUAGUGGUGAUAUCAUGUCGAAGCGAGUGGGAGACUUGGACACGCAUGUGCGGUGGGGGUUAAACGCUCUGUGUACGCGCAUCGAGUCGGAGAAUUAUCUUGGAUCUAGUCUAGAUGAUGACGUGGAAGACAUUCGAAAGGCUGAAGCAGGACACGAACUGGAUGAACACGAGGCGCUCGCUCUGCUGGAGAAACAAGCAGUAUCGACUCCAGUCUCUGUGGUCGAUACAACAUCAAAUAAGCGACUGGGUAAGCGCUUUAUCGCGGCGUUGGCUAAGGACGGACGCUUCGACUUCAGGCUGUUUGUUGGAGGCUGUCGCUUCUUGAGACCACGACGUGAUGACUCGGAUGAACGAGACGUGGAAGGGUACCUUUACCUUGAUGACUCGUGGGUGCAGCAGUUUGUCCGUGCGAUGCAAGAAGCGGACGAGAUGAUCCACGUACAGGAGGCCAUGGAGGCUUGUUUAGGGGAUAUCCCAGACCAGUAUCUCGACCCCUUACUCAGCACUCUAAUGACGGAUCCUGUACGCUUACCGUCCGGUAAUAUUGUCGAUCGUGCUGUCAUUGCUCGACAUCUAUUGGCCUCUUCUCAACAAGGAGGCAGCACUGGAAGAGACCCGUUCACUCGUGAGCCACUGACGAUGGCAAUGGUGGAGCCGUGUGAUGCGUUACGGUGCGAGAUCCAAAUGUAUCUACGAACCAAGAUGCGCCACUUCCGCAAGACUGCAAGAGAAGAUGUACUGGCCACGUGGGGGCUCGGGUGGGACGUGCUAUUCGACAGCAGUAGCGAGACCGAGGCAGAUUCAGAGGACGGUGCGGAGGCCAAUAACGCCACGAGCACGUCGCAGUAACUAUGAUAAAAUACCCUUGUAAAAUGUAAUCAUGCUCUAAUGGCAUAGGAUAC